AUGAUAUAUGUCGGAAUGUCAAGAGUAACUUGUUUGUCAGUCUGGCUGAUUAGACUAUCAAAUUCCUCAUCCUGUAUUAUUGGCAUUAAUACAUGCCUCAGCGAAAGUUUAAUGCGCAUUAGCAUUUAUUUCACACUACUAUUCCAGCGGACGGCUCUGUCUCAAAUGCAGCUAUUAGGCUUCUCGAACCCAGGACCGACACACAUGUAUUUAACUUCAUAUUCCUGGCUGAUACAUCUAUUGAUUGCAUACUGGUCAAAAACCACAGUUGAUCAGAUACGCCCACACGCAAUCUCACUUUACUCGGAACCAUACAUCUCCAUCCAAUUAUUUCCACUCAAAUCUUCCAUCGACAACCUCAUAUAA